UCUGCAUGCCAUGUGGAACAUCAGUGAUAUAUCGCCUACCUUCUGUCAGAGUCUAUGCGACUCGGGUUUUGUGAAUACCUUCCAGUUGACGCUUGCCAACCACUUCAAGUCUGAGAGGCCAUUUCUGAACAAUGACAGGGUGGUGUCAUAUGCUAAGUGCCUGCUGGGAAUACUGCAUAAUAUUGUACGUCAGAGAGAAGACAGUCAUUCAAUUCUAAGGCAGAAUCUCAAACUCUUCAAGCUGUUCAGUCUGUCCGAUCACUUGAUGAUUAAAACAAAGGCAACAAUGAUCCUUUCGUACAUUGUGAAAGAAUCCGAGACCAGCAUGAUUACAUCAAACCAGGAGACCAUCACCUUCAUGACGUUGUUACUGAGAAAUGCCCUCGAAUCUCCGUACCACUUCUCCACAAAGUACGGCAUCUCUGCCUGUGAGGUUCUGAAUGGUUUGAACAACUUAGCAGUCAAUGACAGUAACAAGGCGAGGAUUGUUGACUCUGGGAUUCUGCCACUAUAUGUGUCUCUCCUCCAGCCUGACUGUACAGACAGUGAACAGCUGCUAGCAGCUAAAGGUCUCUGGCUCAUCAGCUUCUGUAAAUCCAGGAAAGAUGAGUGUCUCAAGAGUGGUUGUGUAGAAGCUUUAAGUAGGUUGGAAAAAGGUGACAACGAGGCGCUGUGUCAUGCAGCCAGAGGAGCAUUGUGGGAAAUCCAGAAUAACGUCGUGAUCGGACAAGAGUUGAUUGAACCUCUGCCAGUGGAGAAAUUUGCAAGUCCGGUGAAUGUUCCCCAUGUGAUGAUCAGUUAUCAGUGGGACUCCAAACCCAUCAUGUUAAAGGUCAAGGACAAACUGAAGGAUGCUGGGUACAAAGUGUGGAUGGAUGUAGAGCAAAUGAGUGGCUCCACCCUGGAAGCCAUGGCCCUGGCUGUAGAGGGGGCAGCUGUUGUCAUUGUGGCGAUGUCCCAGAAGUACAAGGAUAGCCCCAGUUGCAGAACAGAGGCUGAGUACACAUACAAGUUAAGGAAGGCUGUACUGCCGCUACAGGUUGAGCCCAGUUACUCUCCAGAUGGCUGGCUGGGCAUGCUAGUUGGAACUCGGCUCUACAUCUCUGUUUACCACACGGAUCAAGUUGAUGCUGCUCUAGCUAAAAUAUUGUCAGAACUUGGGAACAGAGGAAAGCAGGUGUCUCCAGAUAACAGGGUCACUUUUCAGAGAACUACCCAGCAAACUGAGCAGUUGAUUCAGCAAAGUCAUCAACAGGAAGUAGGUGGAAUUCUUCCCAAUGCAGGGCUGUCAGUGGAUUGGAGGAAGUGGUCAGAAGCUCAAGUGGCAGACUGGUUGUCAAAGUCAGGAAUAAACAGACUGUCAGUAUUUCCAGAGAUGGAUGGCUCCUUGUUGGCAGAGCUGCACAGAAUGUACGACAGGGCCCCUGAGGUGUUCUUCUCCAUGUUGAAGACUGAGCUAAAGCUGCUACUGAAGGAGAGACUUCAGCUGUCUAGGGCCUUGUCUUCCCUACCAUGAACAUUGAGCUAAAUCUGCUACAUGUACUGAUGGAGAGACCCCAGCUGUCCACGGCCUUGUAUUCUCUGCCACGAACGGGUCAUGUUGUUUGCUUAUUGAAUGAGGGUUCCCCUGUUUUUACGUGCACGUUGUACAUGCUUAUUGAGCUAUGGUCUGAUGUAGUUACCUCAAUGGACAACCUUUCUGAACUAGUUCACACAGUAAUGAUUAUUUUCUUUCUCCACUGAAUAUUGAACACCAAAAGAUAUACGUGUUACAACAUAUCCAGACAUGAAAAAUAUUAGGGUGCCUGUUAAGCUUAUAUUUGAUACUAGCAUGGGGUAAAAGUGCUGAAGUUUUCUUGUUCUCUCACAACUAUUACAGGGAAUACACGCCCAGUCAUCGAUGAAUGAAAUCGAUGUAGGCCAGGCAGAGACUAGCAACUAGUAACUUUACAACUGUUUGCUAUGCUAAAUUUGUCAGUUAUCAUUGUAAUUGUUAAGAAAUUGUGUUAAUUGUGACACCAAAGAUGAAAGCAAGUGCUUAUAUGGUACAUAUAAGGCAGUAACAUGCUAAGACUGAAUUUGUGUAAAGCUCAAAACUUUGUGAGCCAAGGACCAGGGCCGAGUUUCACAAAGUGGCGCACGAUAUGUUGUAUGUCAUUAUUACCAUACCAUUGUCCUAUAUGUGCAAUUAUGGUACAUGUACUACAUCUUUGUGAAACUAGGCCCAGGACUUCAGUUGUGGUUAGUGGUUUUACUGUUCCAGACCACAUUGCUACAUGUGUACAUGUACAUGUUCACGUGAUUCAGUGGCUGUAGGUAUUUAAGUACAAAUGAUGAUACCAUUGAUGGAUGUAAUGUUUAUAAAACAAAAAAAGCUUUAGUAAAGCGAUACAUGUACAUGUUGUUGUGAGGAUUGAGCAUGUGUCUAAUAGUACAUAUUUACAAUUGCCUUCAUGUGCUGAAAUGGCUGGGUGCCUUAAUAUUGCUGAGGGUUAAAAGAUUUUAGCCUCUUUUACAAACUUGAAGCGAAACCAUUUAAGGAUUUGUUCAACUUGUAUAAUAAGGUUGUAGUGCAAGAAUAAGGUCCUGUUGGAUUCGUGGAGGCAAGGGGAAAUAAAAUGUUAAUCACCUCAAGCUUGGGAUGCAUAAGUUAGAUUGUUUCGCUUGUAGUGAUGAACUUCACCGCCAGCAAACUAUGCAGGCGAUGUUCUCUGGAGCAGACACUGUACACAGACAGUGAAAUUGCUGGCAUAUUUUCUUGCUUGUAUCUGAUAUAUUUGAUACAAGAGAGUUUCAGAAAGGACAAGAUUGCCUGUGAAAUAUGCCUUCAACAGUAAGGACAUAUUUGUCAGACUAUUAGAAAUUCACAAAAUAUGAAUAUAUGAGCGAAAAAAUCCAUUUAAUGUCUCCCCAGCUCAAGAGAAUGCCUUGUUUUGAAUCAUGAAGUUUGAUCAGAGUAUGUUCUUUUCUGAAAUGGAUUUCUUUCAUUAAACCGUAGUUAAGCCCUAUCCGUAAAGUCAAACAUAUUUAGGCCACUACAUACAUUAUUAAAAGCCAAUUACAUCAGUUUUAUACUAUGCUCGUAACCGGCUUAGGUUAUCAGUCCGUCCUGGGAUUAAGAUAGACAUCUAUCUUAAUCCCAGGUCUGUCCAAAGAGAACGGUAUUCUGGCAUCAGAUUUUCAUAUGUAAAGGGAUCGUGAUGUUAAAGGAGAGGUGAGUUUUCUGCAUCAUUAAACAGUGAAAACCAUUACAAAUAGGGACAGUUGUCCAAAAAAAACCACGUACCUUCCAGGGAUGUUUGGAGGACUGCCUGAAGCUGUGUUGUAGGGGUUAUGAUAGACUUGUUGCAGAUUUAGGGGCUGUUCAAUGUGUUUUUCCUUCAGUUGCUUGUCUACAGCUACAUAUGUUACACGCUUCUUAUUCCAAGCUUCACAUAGUACAGUACUUCUGCUAUGUCCAGACGACCGGCACUUAUUACUUAAUGUAUCACAUCAGCUAGAGGCACACCUCAAUGUUUUUCAGAUGUUAAUUAGGAAUUACUACUAGAGUACAUUUCCAUUGAGUUUUAUCAUAAUAAAAGUGCUUAUAUUUGUUUUAGGUAGAUUAUCUAAUGCUCUAUGUUAUAACGUAUGUGAUGGCAUCAUUUAGGAGCUGUACCUGUCUACAUGUAAUACGAGUGCUCCUGGUCACAUUCCAGUUUUUAAGUGCAGUAUAUUAAUAUUGCAAAUUGUGCCAUCAGUUGUACCAUGUUUUCC